AUGUCAACUGCGAUCUCAAAAGGAGUGGUUUUAUCUACUGAGCAAUGUACUCAUGAAAAUCAGGAAAGAGUAAAUAUCGGAGUUGAAGCUGGUUUGGUCUGCUUCAUCGAUACCAUUUGUGCUAUCGCGUUUUUCUGCUUCUGUCAUUGCUAUACUAUGUGUGAUGUUCUUCCAGUUCCGACUUGGAGAUGGUCAUGCAUUAGCUACAUUCUCAAAGCCGAAUUACUCAGAAGACAUCCCGACCAGCCUGGAAACUUAUUUUUCCAUGUUGACAUCAGGAGUUUUGUCAGAGAUGGGUAG